ACCAACACCCAGCCCCAACACCCCACAACACAGUGUAUGUACAUACAUAUAUGUAGGUCGAGUUCACCUUUUGGCGGUGCUAUCUCGCUUAAUAUUAAACCGGUUGCGUUUUCGUAUAAUUGUUCAAACGCAUGUACUCCGUCUAACGUGGUGGUCGUCAUCGUGGUAGUUGCUUCUCUCUGCAUUAGAACAAAACAAAAAAAAAAUAAACAAAUCCCAUUCAAACAACAUGGCCGAAAUAAAGAAAGCUAAAAUUGGCAUCGUUGGCAGUGGACUCAUCGGUCGCUCUUGGUCCAUGUUAUUCGCCUCAGUUGGCUAUCAGGUGGUGCUCUAUGACAUCCUGCCGGAACAAGUGGCCACAGCGUUGAAGCAAACGCAAAAGGAACUUUUGGAUAUGGAGUCGAAGGGACUUUUGCGUGGCAAACUGAAUGCUGUACAGCAAUUCAGCUGCAUUUCGGGCACCAAUGACAUCAAGGAGCUGGUUAAGGGAGCCAUCUUGAUUCAGGAAUGUAUACCCGAGCGUUUGGAUUUGAAAAAGGCUCUGUAUAAACAGCUAGACGAUGUCGUCGAUGAUAACACAAUCCUGUCCAGCUCUACAAGCACAUUCCUACCAUCACUUUUCAGUGCUGACUUGAAGCACAAGCAUAAUGUUGUUGUCUCUCAUCCCGUCAAUCCACCGUAUUACGUUCCUUUAGUUGAAAUUGUGCCAGCACCAUGGACCAAACCGGAAUUGGUGCAAAAAACCAGAGCCCUAAUGACCGAAAUCGGCCAAAAACCAGUUACUCUGUCUCGUGAAAUUGAAGGCUUUGCCUUGAAUCGCAUCCAAUAUGCCAUAUUGAAUGAGACAUGGCGUCUGGUCGAGGCUGGCAUACUCAAUGUCAAGGAUAUUGAUAGUGUGAUGAGCGAUGGUCUAGGACCACGUUAUGCUUUCCUGGGACCGCUGGAGACGGCUCAUCUGAAUGCCGAAGGCAUGGCAAAUUAUUUUGAACGCUAUACGCAGACAAUUUACAAUGUCAGUCAGACCAUGGGACCCACACCAAAAAUGGAGGGGCCCGUGGCUGUGGAUGUUGCCAAGCAGUUGAACGAAAUGGUUCCCCUGGACAAGUUGCCCGAGCGACGCAAUUAUCGUGACAAUUGUCUAACCCAUUUGGCCCUGUUGAAGAAGAAGCUUAAUGAAUAAUAGAAUCAAAUUCAAGUCAAGCUACAUAGAUAUAUUAUAUAUGAUACUCUGUUUUUUUUUUCUUCACUGCAAUUAAAUCAAUCAAAUCAUCAUCGACACAAAAUGUAUUUUAAUUUUAGAGGUCAACGAAAAAUGCGCGAAACUUAACAAUAAAAUCAGACAUAUAUCUACAUAAAA